AUGUCCAAUUCCCCAACAACCUCCGGUCCUGCACCUGCCCGACCACUAAAAGUCGCUGCCUCUACCCUUCCUGGUAAAGCCGCCCCACUCCAACCACGGCCGUCCGCUGCUGGGGCUGGGAACGCGCGUGCACCACAACCGACAGACAUAUCUAGUCCGCAUGAACUGACGGCGUUUGUGGAAUCACUCCUCACACAGUUGGAGACGAGGUUUGAUGAGAUGUCGACUCAGGUGCUGGAACGAAUGAACGCCAUGUCUACACGGGUAGAUUCGCUCGAAGUGUCAAUACAAGAUCUGAUUAGUGGGGGUUUAACGCCGUUGCUACCCCAAGCGACGGGGGCGUCGACGAUGGGCAGUGAUGGGGUGAACGGGAAAGAGAGCUGA